AUGACCUUACCCACCACCUUAGUUCCCAGCUCAGUGGAGUUUGUGACAGUCCUGGCAGACCUGCAAGCGGAAGCUAGCUGUCCCAUCUGUCUAGACUACUUGACGGACCCAGUAACCAUCUGCUGCGGUCAUAACUUCUGUCACUCCUGUAUCAGUAUGUCUUGGAAGGAUCUAGAAGGCAGUUUCCCCUGCCCUUCUUGCCGCUUUUGCUGUCCAGAAAGGAAAUUCAUAAGCAAUCAACAGCUGGGUAAUUUGACUGAGAUGGCAAAGCUAAUCCAGAUAAGAGGAACCAAGAGGAGGCGGCAGGAAGAGACACAUGUAUGUGAGAAGCACAACCAGGUUCUGACCUUAUUCUGUGAAAAAGACCAAGAGGUUUUAUGUCUGCAGUGUAGUGCUUCUGCUGGUCACCAGCAUCACCGAGUUUGGCCCAUAGAGAAGGCUGCACCCGCUCAUAGGAAAAACUUGGAGUCUUACAUUGCAGCAUGGGAGGAGAGUGUGGAACUAUUUGGAAAAGUGUUAACUAUGCAAACCAGAAAAUCCCUGGAACUGGAAAAAAAGGUAAAAAGUAGGAGAAAAGAAGUCAAGUCUGAAUUUGAGCAACUUAGGUUGUUCCUCCAAAAUCAGCAAGAGACUAUUCUCAGACAACUGCAAGAUGAAGAAGUGGAUGUUUUAGCAAAACUAAACGAAAACCUAACAAAAAUUUCAGAUCACGCCUCCUCAGUAAAAUGCCUAUUAAAGGAGAUUGAGACCAAAUAUGCCAAGUCAAAACUGGAGUUACUGGCAAGUGUUAAGAGUAUCUAUCACAGAUAUAAAACCUUGAAAUGCCCUGAACCAUUUUCAUGCAAAUUAGAAGAAUAUGGUUACUCUUUUCCUCCACAAUAUUCUGGCCUUAACAAAAUUAUCAAGCGAUUUCGAGUAGAUGUAAUUCUAGAUCCUCUAACAGCACAUCGUAAACUUAUCGUCUCGGAAGACAGAAAAGCUGUGCGAUACGGAGAUACACCUCAUAACUUACCUCAUAACAAAGAACGAUUUUAUCUGUGCCCAGCUGUUGUGGGUUCUAAGAGAUACCAGUUGGGCAGGAAGUACUGGGAAGUUGAAGUUAAAGACAAGCCCGAGUGGGUGGUGGGUGUCUGUGAUCAGUCCCUUCCCAGAAGGAAGAAGACUCAGAAUCAACCCAUGUCAGUACAGCAUGGACUGUGGGGAAUUGGGCGAUGUAGUAAGAGUAAUUACAUUGUAUUAGGUCCUAAGAAAGUUAAUCUUCUGCCAAAAGUGAUACCUAGCAAGGUUGGAAUUUUUUUAGACUUUGAAAUGAGUAGGGUUUCCUUUUACAAUUUGAGUGAUGGGUCUCUUCUGUAUAUGUUGAAUGAUAAUUUCACAGGACCACUUUGGCCUUAUUUCUAUACUGGAACUGACUCAAAACCUCUUAAAAUCUGUACAGGAACAGGUUCUGAAUGA